AUGGCAUGGGCAGAGGAGGAGGAUGAUGCAACCCGUGGCCAAGAACUUCACUGCCGUUGCGGCGUGGUUUGCAGCAGGGCUGUCAAAGCUGUGAUGCGGGAGGCAGACAAGCUUGCGGCCCGCGCAGACAAGUACGAAAUGGCGCAGAUUUCGGAGCAGUUGUUGGAAAAUGCCACGGUGCGCCACUUUCUGCUCGCGUUUGAAGAGCAGGACUGGCCGGAGUUGCUGCAAAGUGUUGCAACAAUUGGUAUCCAGGCGUUGUCUCUGCAAUACGGGCGGUCACAGCUUGGUCUUGGCUCCCUCCGCAUGCUCGCAAAGUGGAUCGAGCGGCACAGGACCUGGCCCAGUUUGGAUGUGCUGACCCGAGCUGCCUCGCCCUCGCAAAGCAGGACGACGCGAUCCCGAAGCCAACCCCAUGGCAGGGCACCGUCUAUGCUGCCAGAAGGCAUCGAAGAGACCAUGUCGGCAAGGCCAACGUCAUCGGUCACCCCCGGUAAUCCGCCGGCAAGUUGCGCUGCCCUGAAACCAGCCUUGACUGGCAUCCGAGCAAGGUCCCAGAUUCGCGGUGGCAGCGCCCCGCCUCUGAGUAGCCGCUGGUCACCAAGGAGCUCACCCCGGGCUUCUCCAGGAAUUCCGCCGAUUGUGCGGUGCUCCUGCUGCGACACGGCAAUGCCCUGA